AUGUUUGGAGCCACUUCCAGCACAUGCCUGAAUAUGUUUUUACAACCAAGAAAUGGAAUUUUUCAGAUGCCUGACCCAGCUGGAUGGGUGCAGGGUGAGUGGUCAUACCAUAGCAACCUGAUUUUGAAUAAAUUGAGUGUUUGUUUGUUUUGUUUUGCUUUUUUUUCUCUCACUGUUAAAAUCAUUUUAAAGACUAUAGUAAGUAUAGGUUAACGCAGUUGCCAUGGGCCAGUAUUAGUUUAUGAACAAAUUUUAAUAAUUAAGCUUACACAACGUAGCCUCAUAACUAUACAAAAUAGUAGUAGUAACCCAUCAAGCCAAAAAAAUUUGGAUGUAUAACCAUAUGACCAUACAAGGUGCUAAUUUUAACAUGCGUGGUCAACUGUACUGCAGGCAUGCCAAUGCCACAGCUUUGUUUAGUAGUCCAGUGGUCAGAGCACUGGGCUCCAAGUCAGACAACCCAGGUUCUAGUCCUGGCCGGGGCAAGGCGUUGUGUCCUUGAGACACGCAGGAAAAAAAAAAUGUGAGCUCUGCUUUUAGGCUUGGCUAAAUCUAUAUAUUAUUGGUUAUAUGGAAUUCAACAUACAGUUUAAACGACUAGGAGCAAAUACAUGUAUGGUCAGUAGCAUUUUGAGGCAUUUGGUUUGUGUCUCAGCCAGUGUUUGUUGUGUUCCGCAGGGUUUGCAACAGUACUGCUGUGGAUGUUAGGACCUUGGGGCCAUCCUCAUCCAGCAGUAUACCUUAUCAGUGCAUGCAUUGUUCCACCAUGUGCCCAUGUUGUGUUUGCUGUUUUAUAGCAUGGGAUUCUUGUCCUUGAGGAUGGUGUUUCUUGGUGUUUCCUCCCCUCAAACCUAACUGCUGGGUUUCUUUUGGCACUUGGGUAGGCCUGCAGUUGGGUGUUCUAGCUCCUUGAAGUGUGACUGUAGUUGCAGCUCCUGGGCCUCCAGUAGCCUCCAUUUGUGAUUUUGUGUGAACUUGAUAUUAAGUUAUUUAUUUGGAAUAUUUAGACAGGCUGGCUCAGUUUGGCUUUUAAAAGCAGGUUUAAAAGUGGGCCUCUAUAAAUGAUAACAAUGACCACACUGGGAGCCACAUUCGUUACUCUUUGUUGAAGUCUGUGAGUUGUUUUACUAAUUCACUCUUAAGAUCUGAUUAUUAAUUAAUUCUCCCCUCUAGAUGCUGCACAUUUACAUAUUCAUCAGUUAUGAGAACUUUUCUGUUAGAUCAAGAAAACAUAACUACCAGAUUAGUUUGAGUAUUCUCAUUGCCUGUUUGCUGGAUAAUCUAAGGGUAUUAUAGGGAGAAGUUACCUUCUAAUCAUUUCUGGGAGUUAAAGGGUUAAUGUCCCCUGCUUAUAACCAGCACAGAGAAGGUGAAGGACAGUAUGGGGCCUAUGGUUUAUCAUCCUUAACCAAGAAGACCAGAGCAUCUAACCAUUUGCAGAUGUUGUAUCAAAGGCAGCACAUCCUCCUCAAUUAUUUUAAGACCCUGAGUGUUGUUGUGGUCUGGGACUUGAACCCUCAACUACCAACACAGUCAUGACACCUUCAUGAUGUAAAAAGAAAUGACAAGGAUGCAUCCAAACCACUUUCUAGAUACUUUAAUCUCUCUAAUCAUUCUGGGCAGCAUAUGGCACUUUGCAGCCUUUCCCAACAUCUAGGCAGUUCGGAGGGCCGCAAAACUCCAGAACAAAAAUUAUCUUUCAAAUAAGCACUCUAAAGCCCCACUGAGUAUCAACGAAUGCUUUUCAAUUAACUAAAUUAUUCUUGUUUUCUUGUCACCAUAUUCCCACCAAUAGCAUAGCUCCAUUUUCUGCAUAUAAAUAUAUACACACAUAAAUCACAAUUCCUCCAGUUGCUCUGAUGAAAGGCUAUUGCACUUGAAAUGUCAGCUUUUAAACUCUAUACAGUGGCCAAUUUACAUUAUCAACUCAGUCAUUAAUACUAAAUUACCCUGUUAUACUCUCCCAGAGAGGAGCACCACAGUUUCUUUAGAAACUUACCCCUUUACCUGAACAGCAGUCCAGCACUCAACAUGAGCAAGCAGAAAAAAAUUUCCUCUGUUUUAAUUAGUUUUUCAGAAUAUUGUCACUGUUCUUGUGUACGGGAUCCUGUUCUACCCAUUUUUUGCCUGUCUGACAGCUGAAAACAGACUGGUUGGGUCCUUGCUGGGUUUUCUUUAUGUUACAAUCAGGUGAGCUACCUAUUACUUUGUUUAUGAAUACCAAUUUAAUCAGACUGUGAGUUUGAUUUUUAAUAAGCAAAUACAGUUCUCAGAACUCUACAGUUGUCAAUACUUAAUUCAAAUAUUACUCUAAUGUGGAAUGUUACUCUUGUCUUUUAAAUAAGUGAUGUUUGAGUUAAUUUUGGAGCAUGUACUGGUAAAUAGGUAACACAGUACAGCAUGGCUUACAAGUGAAACAAUAGACUAAUUUGGUUCUCUCUGCUUAAUUAACCCUAUCAGCCCAAAGGGUAGUCAGCAUGUAAGUUCUCCUUCCAGUAAUAUUGCUGACUCAUUCAUAAAGAACAUGAGAAUAAAAAAGAGAUUCCCAACUCAAGACGCUCUGAUUACAACAUGAAUUUUUCUUAUCAGUACCAAAGGAAAUUUAUAGUGAAGAGUCUAGAGAAUAUGGAUAUUGAUGUUAACCCUUUAACUCCUGUGAGUGACCAAGACAGAAUUUCUCCUCACAAUAUCAAUACAAUAUCAAGCAGACAAGUGAUGAGCAUAACUGCACUUAUGCAGAAUCUGUAGCAUGAAUUAACAACUCCAUGCCUUUACAAACACGAUCUUUAAUACGACUGACGUUGGUUGAAACUAAAGAAAAUAACAAACUAACUGACAAGGAAAGCAAACCAGCGUAUUCUAAUUAAUUUCUUAGAUUCUUGUUCAAACUGGGAAUAGAGUUUCAGUGUAUGAAGUACUUGAAGGUAAGGAUAUGAAGGAAUCAAGUGAAAUUGUAAGUUUUUAAUACUUGGCUUUUUUGUUUUUGUUUUGAUAUUUCUCAAAGUGAUAUUUAACAAAUCAAACACAAUUCUCCUUGGUCUGCAGUCUUAUUGGUCAUAGAAAUGAUGCCAACAAUAUUCAAAACUAAAGUGAAUCCACAAGUGGUGGUCAAGUGGUUUCACCACAAGUAGUAUUUCUUCUAGAGUAUAAAGGGGGUGGAGGGGGAGUUUGCAUAAAGUAUAAACAAGGGACUGUAGAAAAUUGAUUGCCAAUGGCAGCCAAUGAGUGUAUAUGUGUGUGUGUGGGGGGGUGUGAUGGGAUGGGGGGAGGGGGGGUCAUAAGGAUAUUAAAGAGUCUCAUGGGGGUGAUCAAUUCAAUUUAUUAUAUAAAAGAACCAAAAUCCUCCCAACCCACCCCCCACGUCCCUUCCAGUUGAUGAAUAAUGACCACUUCCCAUUUAGCUAUUUAUUCAUAUAUAUUUUUUAUUCUUUUAUUCUAUUUUAUUUAUUUAUUUAUUCAUUUUUUAAUUACUUUUUUUUCACUAAGGGAGAGUACCAGAAGGAAUUAUUUUACCUGACAUAUUUGGGGUCAGUUCCAAUCACCCUUUGCCUUGCAUUCAUUUGGAUGAGGUUCGGUAUCCUGCUGUAUCGUGAAGUGAGAAAGAAGUGGUUCCCAUCUGAGAGAAGGGUAAGUCACUUGUGAGGAACACGGCACACAGCAGUUUAACAUCGGGCAUGCGCGAGGUGAUCAAUUCUGGCUAGCCGUGUGCCAAUUUCCGCCUUAAAGGAUAACAUAAGAAACAACCGCUCUUUCGCAAAAUAGGCGAAAUAAAAUUGCAACGCUCCUAGAUGUCUGCAAAAGGAAGCAAGGUACCUAACGAUAAUGUAUAUCGUUGAGUUGGAUCGAUAUAUCGCCCAAGGCAAAACUUUUUUGAAUGGUUCAAUACUAUUUCGUAAUUGUCUCAACAACAGCUUCUACCUCUCAGAGCCAUAUGACAAGUCCAAGUAAAAAACAACCAAAUUUCCUGAAACGCGGGAAAACGCGGGUGACAAAGUCCUGAUUGGUUUUUAGCUUUGAAUCUGAUUGGUUAAGAGAGGGGUGCGAGUUUUUCUGGACCAAUCACAGAGCGAAGUAAAGCAUAAACGAAGCGAUAAUGGUUACUUUCGACAAUUAAAAAACAAGCGUUUGUAUGGCACGAUAUUUCGUCGAUGAGUCGCGAUUUUCGUGGUAAUCGUCUCACAGUUUUGUACGCUGGCUAUAAAAAGCUGUCCAAGGAUGGAGACUGGGGAGGAGUUACCGCUUGCUCCCUCGCUGUACUUCAUAAAUUGUCUGGAACCAUCCCCAGAUAGGGGUAACUGUUGUUAGUGUUUGUUUGGAAGCUUUUACUGCUGACAAAAUAACAUUAACUUUUCUUCUUUUCUUUUCCAGGGUGGCGAGGAAAUCCGCGAUACACGUUUGGCCAGAGAAACGGAGAUCGCUCACAUGAGGGAACUCCUGUAUCCAGGAUCAAUUUCGUAAGCGGUUAAAAUUGAUAAUCUAUCAGGGUUGGAUACCAAACUCUGACAAUAUCCUACAUAUGAAUUUUAUUCAGAUAAAUUGUUGUAAAAUGGGUUUUUCCCACCGUAAGAUUAUUCGCAUGAGAUCUCUAUCGCCUGACAGCUUAUGAGGGAAAAGCCUGAAUCGAAAAUCAAGCACAGACUUCUCAGGAAAAUAACAGUAUUCUCUCAGCAGAAAUCAACCGGGCAUUAAAAACUUAACCGCAAGACAUGGCCCUUUAUUUUAUAAUCUGUACAUAGGCUAUUCACGUUACGCACUGUAUAUCACUAAUUAGUAUUGAAUAUCAAUCUCGGAUUGAGCUUUUUAAAAUUGAAGCUAUGAAAUGAGAGUUGACCAAAUAUGUCGCUGUUGACGAGUUGACUAAUAGUGUUGGCGAGCUGACAUGUCGGAGAAGUGACCGGGUACAGAAUGCAUCUAUCAUCGUUGUGAUAGAGAGUUAGUUUUUUUAAGGGAUUAGCCUGAUACCAUACGGUCGUAAACAAAGAGGACAAAAACACCAGCCUGUCUUGUUGCUAAGUUUUCAACUAGUUGUUGGUUUAUUCUAAACCAAUAAGAUUUUUCGCCUGUGAUUUUCUCUGCGUUGAUAGAUUCAGACAUCGCACUCAUAACUGCUACGCGUUGUGUAAUAACUAAGAUGGUGACCGGUCAAGUCGCCCAAAAGUCAUCUCGCCCGGAGUCAUGUCACCCGGAACCAGAGUCAUGUUGCCUGAAAUUCAUAGUCAUGUCGCCCGAAAUUUUAUCGAGUGUUUAAUCUUCAAGAAAAGUAACAAUGGCAAGGAAUAAACUCGUCAAAUGCUGACUCGUAAAAUGUUUUCGUCCGCUAACCUGUGCAAAUAUGAAGUUAAAUAAAGGCUCAAAUAUCGCUGUUCUUUUCAGCGUUAAUCGUUGAUAUGAACUAAACUGCUCAUUCAACAGUGCAGAUUGAAGAAAAGUAACAAUCGCCUAAAGUCAUGUCGCCCGGAACCAGAGUCAUGUUGCCCGAAAUUCAUAGUCAUGUCGCCCUAAAUUUUAUCCAGUGUUUAAUCUUGAAGAAGAGUAACAAUGGUAAGGAAUAAACUCGUAAAAUGUUUUCGUCCGCUAACCUAUGGGAAUAUGAAGUAAAACAAAGACUCAAAUAUCGCUGUUCAUUUCAGCGUUGUUCGUUGCUACGAACUAAACUGCUCAUUCUACGGUACAAAUUCUAGUAAUUAUAAGCGGAACUUUCAGUUAUCAGAAUUUUCCACACAUAUCAGAAAAAUACAUCAUUUCUCUUAGUUUUAUUUAUCGUAUAAAAAACAACCUGGAACUUUUACAGCGGUUUUUUUGUUUAUUGCUAACCACACGAACAACGCUUGUUAGCAUCAUUUCCCUUAGGAUCAGACGCGGCAUAAAUUAUCGCGACUUGUUCAGUUGUUCCUUGUUUCCUCGGCCGGUCGCAUGUAAAUUUUGUUCCGGCUAACUAUAUAUAAAGAGGUUAAAUUAAUAACAGCCACCUUAUUCCGAGAUAAUCAGCUGGCUGAAACACGAGAUCGUUACCCGUACGCAAAAAAAUUAUAUAGUGAGCCUUCAUCGUUGUAUCGAGUGCGGAAAUGAAGUUCGACCACGCCAGCAAGCCCUUCAGUGCGACAUUGCGGCUUUUGGCAGCAUCGUAUCUGCGGGACUGGUAUCGACCAAGCCACCUACCGUUUGGCAACAAUCAGAGGAAGAAUAGAUUGGUUGUGCGUUGCAUGUUCUCUUGCGGCAUCGAACCCAAGAGACCAGGUCCCCGCUGCUGAGAGCACAAGAACCGACUUCGCCCAAGGUACGGAAAUUUUAAGACCACUGUUUGUCCAUGAAAUAAUUUUAUUCUUAACCAAGAACUUAACCUUUCUAGCCCAAGUUUUAUCUUGAACGUUUUUUUCCUUAGAUGAGUUUGCGAUAAAAAUGCGGUUUUUUUUUUGUUUUGCAGAUCUUUCUCCAGAGUAUCCGCCUUUCUACCUACUGAUUCAGCUGCUCCACCGAGAGUCCUCUGCGUGCACCGUCCAAGUUCGACUCGUCAUCGCCAGAAAACUUUUGCUCGCGUUUAGGAAAAUAAUGAUACAAUUAUUAAUAUUAUAACUAUUAUUAUUAUAGUUUAAAAGGAAUAGUUUAUUUUAUCACGAUAAAAAAAAUCAGAUAUGUAAUAAGUUUUUUUUUUUUUUUUUUUUUUAUGACGAACUUACCUUAAGUUGACAUUUGAAUUUGUUUUCAAGGGGUGGGUGUCACUUGGUCAACCCACACGUCCUCGCGUGUAAUUAGGUUUAAAUGCAAGCAAUAAAUAUGUUUGUAUUAAUGCGUGUCUGAAUUUACCGCAACAUCACAAUCUUGCUUGGUAACCAGGUGAUGAUUCUUGAGCACGUGCUGUAUUCAAGACGGUGGCGUUUUCCAAUGUUCCAAUCAUGAUGAUGUGAACCUUCGUUCGAAACAGAAUGCUUCCACAGACAAAACAACAACAGUUAGAACCAUACUGUAGCUGGUAUUACUAUUUUUUUUAUUUUCGUAUUCUGUUUUAGGAUUACUAUAUCCGUGAUAUCAAACAACAGCGAAAUAAACAACCUGAGUUUCACGAGUCUGCAUUCUACGAGUUUCUUCCUCGCGAUUUACCUAAAAUGUUACUUUUCUUCAAGUUUAAACACUCGAUAAAAUUUCGGGUGACAUGACUAUGAAUUUCGGGCAACCUGACUCUGGUUUCGGGCGACAUGACAUCGGGCGUGAUGACUUUCGGGCGACUUGACCUUAAACCACCUAGAUACUACACCCUGCGUGGUUAAAACCCUACCGUUUAUUGUGCUGGUUAAGCCAUCUGCUUUGUUCUAAGUUAUACUACCAAUAGACCCCAAUUUUUAUUGGUUUACCAGCGUGAAAACCCACUUGGGAUGUUAAAAGAACUCGGGAAAAAUUUGUUAAUAAAGAGCCUGGGGCGAGUGAUUUACAAACUUUUGUCGUGUUCUCCCAACAACUCAAGUAGGUUACUAUGCCGGUACACCGAUAGAAAGUUCGGUCUGUUGCUCAAAUAGAAAUCUUGCACUCUUAUUGUUAAUUAGUGAAGGAUUAGCAAAGCCAAUCAGACUGCAGAACUUUUGACUAAACGCUUUUAGAUUUAUACUGGAAUCUUUCAAUUCACUCAUUACUCUUUGUGAUUAGUCUGGAAAGCGUUCCAAUCAGUCUUGAUUCCUUUUGGCCUACGUGUAAGGCGGCUGUCAUGUUCGGUGAACGAGAACGUGUACGUAAAGAAAAGAGCUGCCAUUGAUCACCAACGAUAACAUAAACGUGUGAUUGAUGCCUACAUGAGUUAUGAAUAAAUAAAGUGACACAUUUCUUUCGUUUUUGCAGAAGCUUAUUCAGAUGAUAAUGAUUUUCUAAUUACUCGGGAUCGGUGGUAUAAUUUCUUUUUGUGUUGCUUCAAACAGGGGGAAUAUGGUUGGAUUAAACUGGUUUUCAACGCUGCUUCAUUGUUUCUACAAACCAAGGAAAGGUAAAGAUGUUUUGUUCGCGCCAUGUCUGAGCCAAGAACAGGAACCAUUUGAAUAAGGAGAUGAUUUAAAUGACACCCAAUCGUUUGUUGUUAAAAUUUGUUUUUUAACUUCAUCUGAAUUUCAUUUUUAGAUUUCAAAUUUUCGACGCAAUUCAUUUCAACAACUUUGGUUAGCGCUUUAAUGAUCCUUCAGGUUAGUUGGAUAAUUUGUAUCGAUUUAACUAUUGUAUAUUUGCUUUCGCUUUUGGUAAUACUGUGAUGGCAGAAUGAUUGACUGACUGACUGACUGUGCGACUUGCUUAGGGAGUGAAUUACACUAUCUCCAUGGUCAUCGUCACCGUGGUCAUAGUUUACCACGCUCAUUACUGUUUUUGUGUUGGAUUUCUUUUCUCAUACAUAUCUACAUACAUAAAUGCAUUUUAUUUCUUACAGUCGAGACAGAUUAAAAGUUUCCAGCCCACAGGUAGCUCGAGUGCCAUUCGCUCCAAUUCUGAGAAAAGAGUGCCAGCGGUCGAGUUGACAAUCAAGAGCUUUGUUUAUAAAAUUUCUUAGAGGCAGAAGAUCGGGUGUGAUAAGAACGGAUCUCAUAAAUAUCGUGGAAGAGUUUUUGAAUGCUACAAAGUGCAAAUCUACGUCUGAAGUCAAACAUCAAAUUAGCUGUAGGUUCACAGCAGGGGAAUUUUAAUGGUAAAACAACAGCAUUAGUAUAUAGAGGAAUUACAUGCCGGUACUUUCUUCUAAAGUGUUACGCUCUACUCAGGUUUUCAUGGCAGUUCUUUCCCUAAUGGACGUGAUGAGAAGGGUAUAUAUUGAAAAAUACAAAACUCAUGGGGACACCAGCUCGGCUAAUUUUGUAGACGUCCUCUUUGGUAAGUUUUUGUGUCUGUAAACAAGAAAAUAGCUUGUUCCAGGUUUUCAGUUAGAAAACCAUGCGUGGAAGUAAAAUUCCAAGCACGAUGCUAUCGACGGAGCGAAUGACAGAACGUUUGGGUCGAGUCGAAAAAAACUGAACAAGGGAUUGGUAGUAGGGAACACGACCUGGCUCAAACCUCCCGGCUGAUUGCUACUCGACCCAAAUCUCCCUCGAGUUUUCUACCCAAAUCUUCUGUGGCGUUGCAGUUGUGCCUUCCGUUGUAGCUAUGUCCUCACACCUAAUAACCAACAGAGCGUGGUUUUAUUUUUUUCCAAUCAAAGUGCGUUGUGAUCGUGUUUUCUGCGAGUCACUUCCCAGCUAGGGGAGAGAAGCGAUGCAAAAGUGUGACAAGAUCGUAAAGAUUUCCUCGUUCGAAGUUUGACAAUUUCAAAAGGUGUAAAUUCUUUAAAAUUGAUCCUUAAAGUGGAAUAAAUCCUAUGGACUUACUGUAGCCACCUUUACACCGAUUUUCCAUUUGAUCAGUGGAUUCUAGAAAAACGGGGUAAAUUCUGUGAAAUUCAUCCUUUAAGUGGACUACAUCCUACUGACUUGCCGACAUCACGAUCUUUACCCCGAUUUUCGAUUUGAUCCUUGUGUGAAUUUGUCAUAAACGGGGUAAAUUAUGACAAAUCCACCCACAAGUGCAAUGUAUCCUUCAAUGAUUUAGAAACUGUUUUAAAAAAAGAUGUGUUUAGGUGAUGGGAUCGGGAAAACGAGCAUGGCCCAGGGGAUAGUGUAUAUUCGUGAACGGCUACCGUACUGGCUUUCAUGUGAUGUACGUGCUCACAAGUUUCACGUGAGGAAUUUGGUUGUCAAAGAUCAUUGUCUUUCAGAUCACUGAGCUUGAAGCGCUCUGCGGAAUAACAACAAAGCGCUCUAGAUCUGUGACAGUAUAAAAUAUGCGGCUAGCUGUAACAGCUGAAAUCAGCGGAACCGCAAUAAAAUCACAAUAUACUAAUUCAACUUUUUUUAAUAGAGGGCUCAGUGCGAUACAGCAAAAACCCACAGUAUUCCAAAUAAAUAACUGAAGGUCAAACUUCUGUGUUUGAGGGAAGACUUCGUGACGCAGACAAAUAAUCACAACUUUGACCUCUCAGUCGAUCUCACCUCCGACAGAUCAGGGUGAAGCGUCAAAAAAGAUAUAAUUUUGCGUCGACGAAUCAUAAUCUAUGAUCUUCAACGAUUAAAGAAAAAUAAAUCAACUAUGAUAUGAAACCACAUUGAGCUUUUGUCUUAGCUUGUGGGUAAAAUGUUGUCAUCGCAGGAGUCGCAAGUCGAGCAAUGAAGACUGUAAAUAAAGCAAGACUGCAAAUUAAGCGUGAGCAAUAACGUAUCCCUUGGUCGAAAAUCGCUUUGUUAUUUACGCGGCAAGUUGUUCUUCCACGUAUAGGUUAUAACAACGAUGCGAUCAGACGGCGUUAACGAAGAAACGUUAGAAUUUCAAGGGAAGUAAUGUGUGUGAGAGGCCAAUGAUCUGGUUCGCAAUGACCAUGCGGAUGACAAGUUUUCCUGAAAUCAGCAGGAGGUUGUUCAUCCGUUGUUGCUGGAAAACACUGGUCAAAUUUUCCGCUUAUCCCGACCCAUCCCGACCCCCUUGAAUGUGUACUUUUGCUUAAAGAUAAAACUACAACGGAGUCUCUUAACCAGUCCCAAGCUGCGUGUUGCUCGAUAGAUCACAAAAUAUGAUUGGCCACUGUAUCACAUUACGUCAGAGGACAUAUCUACAAUAAGGGGGCAUAACUAUUACGAACGACAGAUGAGUAAAUAGACUUGGUUGGAUGGUAAAUAUUUAUGGUGAUUUUUUUUUCUUUUUUUUCAAUUUUCUUUGCAGGCGGAAUAGAAGCAGGACUUGUCUUGUCUGCGGUCAUUUCUCUUUUGAUGUUGCUUCACUUCAUGAAAUGCCAUCGGUGAGUUUUCACCUUAAUUUGGAAACGCUGAAGCUUUUCCGGAGUCAGUCAUCGUGUUUUCAAUUUUUUAUUGAGGAAGACUUUUCGCUUUUACGGCUUCCUCCACAUGUAGGUCGUUACAAAUUAAGUGUCAGGGGAAAGGUGAUGAAAUUUUAUAUAUAUAUAUAUUUUUUUUUUUUUUCAAUUUAAUAUCCUUACACGCAUUUCUGCUUGAUGGUCCUUUUCGUUUUUUCUUCGUUAUUGUUUUUUAUUAUUUUUUUAAAUCUUUUUUAUACUGUUUAAAAAAUAAAGUAUUCCGUGGCAAUUAUGCUCCCUUGCAAAAUAGAGUUGUUGUUGUAAACGAUUUCGAAUCCAAGGCGCUCACGUCCAACGUUUAAAUUUUUUUUUCAGAGAACACGUGCUUCAGUUGUAUCAAGGGCAAGCAAUAUAUUCAAAGGACCUGCUCUUGACACCUGCAGCUUCAGUGGUACGUACUGUGGUUAAGUGACGGAUAAUAGGAAGUUUAAGAAACGACGACAGCGGUUGGUUAAAAAAUGAACUUAUAUUUGACCUACGAAUCUCGCAAUACUCUAAAGUCAUGUACUUUCUUCCUCGCUUUCAAAAUAUCUCGAAACUGAAUAUGGAACACAGCGUUAAAUUAGAAAUGGAAGUUUUAAAAGAAAUAGCCGUCGCCGUUCACGCUCAACAGACAACGCAAAGUUGGGUCAUUUCACGUUGUUGUUUUGCAGAUUUACACAAAGAAAUUUACAAAAUUUUUUUUACCCUCGUGCACAGCUGUUGUUCUGCUUAUCUAACGUUUUGUUUCGUUUCGUUCCCGUUCCCGCUUUGAGUUUCUUAAACUGCUUGGCUAGUCGUUGUAGUCAGGAUGGAUCCUGGAACAACAAAUCCAUUUUCUAGUCUUCUUGAUGCUUUUCAAAUAAACAUCAAACCCUGUUCCUUACAUUUUGCUGUUUCUCGAAGAAAAAAAAAGAAAAAAGAAGAAAAUGAGCCCUGUCCCUAACAACCGCCCUGUUUCGAUUAAGCACCCUUCCUUGAAGUAUCAAACGUAGGUGAGCGCCCGGGCACUAAAUCGAAUCAUUGCUGUAUGACAAUAAAGAUGAUAAUAGCACUAAUAUUUAAGAUACUACUACUAAUAAUAAUGACAAUGAUAAUAAUGAUGAUGAUGAUGACGACAAUAGUUGUGUUGGGGAAAAUGAUAACCAUAAAGAUGAUAAGGAUAACACAAGAAAAUGACAGAAAUAUAAUGAUGAUGAUGAUAGGGAACGGAAGAUUUUCAAGAACUCUAGACCCGGAAAUAUGUGUGACUCCUUGGUUGGACCUUAAGACUUCUGUUAUAAAAUUUGAGAGUGAAGAUUUUGUUGUUGCCUUUUUUUUCUUUUUAUCCCUGCUAGGGAAAGAGUCUCCGAUAUUCUGGAUAUCAGAUAGCGUACACAUUGCUUGGUAUAAGAAAAUGAAUUUGAUGUCACACAGUAUCUUAAAUGCUAAUCUUCUGUUUGUCCCUUUCUUUGUUUGAAUGAUCGACAUCAGUAUCUGAGCAAUUGCCACCUAACCCUCCCCUAAGCCAACAACAGUCAACUGAUAAAAAGUUAGGGUUAAUGUUGGGUUAGUGGAGGGGUAGGAGCGCAAUUUCUUAGAUACUGACACUGGCCUUGUUUGAACAUGAUACAAAUGUACUAAAGAAAUACGCAAUAAUAGGGAUUUGAAAUUCUGAGGAUAAAGUUUGCGUGGUCCUUUAAGCGGGCUAUUUAACGUUUUUUUUCCUCGGUGGCUUUCAUUCUCUAGCAGAGUUGUCGCGUUUGAAUGAAUGUUUACCGUUGAUUCAUGAAACGACACCUUUAUGUUGUCGCCAAAACUUAAAUUUGAAGAGAUUCAGAUUGUUUAUGAUUUAACCAUAGUUGAGAAGCAACGCGGUCUUUAAAGGGAAGAAAUAGUAUUUCAUGAACCUGCAAAUUUUAAUUUAUUGUUUAUACUAGCAGGUGGGCUCGUAAUUUCGCAAUGCUCUUUGUACAAAUGUGAUCUCACCAUGAAGUUCUUUGAUGUUUUAUCUUCGUUUCUUUUGUAGGUUUUGGCACUCUGACAACUUUUCUGUCAACUGUGGUUGCUGCUCUGGCAAUCGUUUUCAAAUCGAAAGAACUGCUCGCCCCAGAAUUAUGGAAACAUUUGAAAGAAACUGGAAUUGCUAUUCUGUAAGUUUUACCGAUGUAUAUGUUGUAUCGAUUUGAAUCUUAAGAAUGAGAGUUAUAUGAUUGUAUCACAUUGUUGUCUUCUGGUUAUUGUGAUCGUUGUGGGCGUACUGCGUAAAAGGCGGGAAAAUACGAAUGAUCAAAUCACGAUUUGUUCAAUUUUUGAAUCUGAUUGGUUGAGAAGGUGGCGUGAGCUUUCUGGACCAAUCACACGGGGAAGUUAAACAAAAUCACAGCAAUCUUCGAUUACCUUCGACACUCAAUUGAAAAAUACUCUACUACAUGAAGAAUGCAACUCUAAAGAUUGUUUAAGCAUCAAAACAAGAUACAGUAACAUAUUUGCAGGAUCAGGAUUUUGUGGCUAAGCUGGUUUUAUAAUUAUAAUCAUAAUUUCAUAAUUAUAGUGAGACUUGAAGGCUUUUCGAAAGACGCAAUCUAGUACUCAUGAAAUGUUGUUUUUACAGACCCACUUUGGCCUUGGCUAUUUUUCUGAUGUUAUUCCAGUUGUUUCUGACACAUUUCGUCUUCCGGUACUCGAAUUAUCCAAACAUCACUGUCACAAUUGAUAAUAGGUAUUGUUGUAUAUCAUUCUGAGCUGAAUCUCUUGUUGUGUGAUACGCACGCCCUGAACAACUGAUCUACUCAUUACAAACACGUGCAGGCAUCUAUGACUAGUACUAGGCCUGACAGAGUGCAGUCCGAUUCGGUCCGUAAUUCAUCAAGUGAUUGACAAAAUUAUAACAGUAAGUAUAUAACGCGUAUAGUCACAUAGGCAUGCUACGUUAAAUGGCCAGUUACAAGCAUAACGUUAACUGUACACUGUCCCUUUAGUGCACCAAUCAAAACUAUAGCAAAACUCGCGAACGUGAUUAAUUAUCACCAGCCCGAUUUGAGAACUAAUAGGACGGUGUACGCGUCAUGUGUGUAAUUGGACAGUGUAAGAGGAUAGUUAAAGAGACAGUUAACACGUCAUGCCAGGGUAAGUGGACAGAACGCGUCGUGUGCUGUUGUCUCGCAUUUUGCCGAGUUAACGGUUGCUUUUUUUUCUUUUUCUCUUUUUAAUGAAAACGUACAACCACAACCGAUCUCUAGUUUCUUUCUCAAAUUUUGUUACGACUACUGACCGAAUUGGACUCCGCUCGGUCCUAUUUGGCUGCUGAUGACCGAUGGCGUAGCAAAUUUUAUCAUUGUGUUGAUAGGAUAUGUCGUAUGCUACUGUAUGUUUAGUGGUCAACUCACGCCUUGCCGAGAGAACGUUCAAUACAAAGCUGCGGUAGAUUAAUUGAACGUCGACACAACAACUCAUCGACAGAAACAUCUCUGAUGAGAAGAUUUUUGCCAUAUAUCUUUGUUAUCAUUGUAUGUGUGUUUAUUGUUGUUGUUGAUGUUGUUGUAGUGGUAGUGGGUGUUGUUGUUUUCGUUGCUGUGAUGGUUGUUGUUGUUGCUGUAGUUGUGGUGGUUGGUUUGUUGUGCGUUGCAUCCAGGUUAAUUAGUAACUCUCCUAGAUUCACAUCUUACUUAUGGGUCACGAAGCUUAAAAUACUCAGCCCGUAUCGUGUACACUUUAUUUUUGGUCUCUUUCUCUCUCUUUCAGGCGGCUAUUCUCCAUCAUGUCAUACUUUUUCUUCUUCUACAACAUAAUUCUUGGACUUUUCUCUGGUUUUAUGCGAAUUCUAAAGGGCAUGCUUUUAGGAGUGAUUUUCAUCUCUCGUAUCGAUCGUUCAUCACUGAUGCAGGGUUUCCAGGCUUGGGACAAAGGUAAGGAGCACGCACCCAGUAUAAGCAAUUUAUAAGUGGCAGAGGCUAUGUGAAGGGAGAUAUACAACAUACAGACCUAUGAUGCUGCCAUGUUGUCACUAUUUCCUAAAACAACUUUUAACCAAUGAAUAAUGUUUGUAAGACUUCUGGGACGAAAGGAAGGUCGAACAGAAAUUCCUCAGUGAUAAGAUCCAAGAAAUUGCCUAGAACGCAGCAAACGGUAGUGGUUUAGUAGCGAUUUGUAAUAGCUUUACGUCUGAUUGUUCGAGAGAGUUGCACGAGAUUUAUUGAGUUGUCAUUGUGCUAACGAAAGCAUAACCUAUGGGAUCCUGGACAACCUUUGACUCUAACUUCAAAUUUUGUUCAUUUUCUUUUCAGCUUUUGUCGCAUACCUUGGUUUUGUGACUGUGCUGGUUGCCCACAGCCAUCCCGUGAUGCUGGUGUUCUGUCAGUUGCUUAUUGACAGAAAAAAAGAUCACCAGCCCCCGCAAGACCGUAAGUAAAUCGUCUCUAGAAUCAUGACUCGGCUGGGAUGAUUCUGAUUGGCUCGAUUGAUAAACGGACAGAUGAGCGUGCGCACAAAUGGACGGACAAACGAAUGGGCAACUGUGGCUUAGAGACAAUUGGCAUGUUUGUUUCCUUUAUAAGAUCAAAACACAGCGCUGUUUAUGCACUGGCAACGGACACUCAGCAACCAAUCAGAACAUUAGAAAUGAUCUUUUCACAGAGGACAAGAAACACAUAAUAUUCUUUUGUUAAGCGUCGUUAUUAAUGUGAAAUCGUGGAAAAUUUGGCAGAAAAUGUACCCCAUUCCCCGAGUCAGAUAAGAAGAUAAGAUAAUUUGAUAAGAUAUGGGUACUAUUGAGAAGAAACUUACGAUGCGAGCUAUGUUCUGUUGGUUACUAUUCAUUUCAUAUCCAUUCUGUGGUCACGCGGGAAUAUUGAAAGUUAGCCUUUCUUCUUUGCCACUUUGCACAGUUUUUUGAGGAACUAAAACGUAUCUCGCUGACUGUUACUUUUCAAGCCGACCUUUAAAAAAACGAUUGUAUUCUGGGUGAUAUAGAACAGUUUUAAGGCUUUUCAUGAGGAGAAAAAGAAACAUCCCUACGUGUGUAAUCUUUUUUUCAACUUGAGUCUGAAGUGCUUAAGUACUCCGUUCUUAACGUUAAAAUAAGUUUUCAAGUACCGUGUUUUAAGGCAUCUAUUUUGUCGCCGGAUCUCCUACAAAGCCUGUAUAUUGUAGGUUUGGCAUUGAGGCAGGACGCUCUGAAGCUUUGUAAUAUUUGUUUUAAAUGACAUUUCGUUGCCAUUCCAAAACAAUAGUAAAGGAAGUAAAGACAUUUUGUCUCCUUUCUUACUCAAAGUACGAAAGAAAUUUCUCUCUUUUGGCCUAUUUUCUCUAUUGCUAUGAUUCCUUUGUUGUCAUGAACUAAUUUCUUGAAGGGUAAUCAACUUGAAAUACUCGACGAAGUCCCUCCAGAUCUGGUCCAAACCUCUCAAACGCAGCUUAUAUUGCCAUUCCUCUCUCUUUGUCUUUCAGGCUUUAUGCGGGAGCCCCGUCGGCCGCGCAUGUCUCAAAAGGCUGUCAACCGCUGGUUCCUGGCCGUGACUCUCCUACGCAACCCAUCUUUUAUCAAGUACCGCCGCCAAGGCCGCCAUUUCACGGCAUCUGUUGUGACUCUUGGAAGCGUCAACUUUGACGUUCCAGUGUAA